GCGGCCGCACUGAGCAGAGGAACGGCGCCGGCAGCGCGGAGCCGCCGGCAUGAGCACCCCUCACCGCCCCGCGCCCCGGGCCCGGCCUUUCUGACAAGAGUUUUUUAAAGGUUAUUGGAUACCGACGGUGCGCCAGCGUUGUAAGGUGUGCAACGCUCAAUAGAACAUGGUCCCAGCGCACCAGGACGAGGCAGUCCCACGGUCAGGAUUAAACGAGGGCUUCAGUUGAGUUUCGAAAAGAACUCAGGAGCUUGUCUCUAACGCUGGUGAUUUUAGACGUGUCUUUCAAGAUCCUCUCACCCAAAACCUCCUUUCACGGAGAUGAAACUGAGUCCCAGGGAAGUCAGGUGACUUGCUGAAGGUCACCCAGUCAGUCCGUAACAGUUUCAGCCCAGUUGCAGUUUCCACAUUAACCUGUUCCUUCUGCGAGGUGUGCUGAACACGACAUACCCUAGGACGUUUCAGACCUGUGUAAAUGUAGUAAUGUAGGUAGCGCUUUUCUGAAAUAAAAUACAUCUUUGUAAACUUUUUUUCUUGUAUAGUGAGUCUUUGGACUCCUUGAGGAUGUUCCAUUUUGGACUUUUGAAUAUCCUCUUGCCAACUUUCAGCAUAAACUAACAUUCUUACGGAUCAUCCUUGGCAGAACAAGUAGACUCAUUAGAUUUAUUUUUCUUCCUCACUUUUAAAUAGGGAAGUAAAUAGUCACACCGGGACUCCCAGUGUGUGUUUAGAGAAGUCCACGUAGGCUUGGGCUGAGUGCUUAAAGUAGAGGGAGAUUAUGUGCCUCGCAGCAGGACCCCUGGACGAGGAUCAGGCUCCAGUGUUGAAUGUGUGGUCUGCUGAUAGUGCAGCUGGGGAUUUCAGCCGAGCGUCUUCUGCCAGAGCGCUUGGCACUGCUGCCAUUUGGAGAUAGUUCGCUGAGAUCACAGUGUACAGUUAGAAAACAGGGUUUGAUGAAAGUUUUCUUUAUAACAAGUUUUCGGGGGAGGAUUUGAGAUGCAGUAGUUAUUUUUUCCCACUUUUGUUUUUUGUGUAUCUCCAGGCCUGAUACCUUAACGUGUUUUUAUUUGUUCUCUCGUUGAAGAGAACGAUUCAAGAACUACUUCUCUUGGUUAUCAGAGUUGUUGAAUCACAGCAUUUCAGAGCUAAAAAGAACUCAGAGGCCGUCUAACCUGGCGCAGCCACUUGAGAGGCGCAGGGAUGCGGAGGAGGGGUGGGGUCCCCAGUUUGCUGGUGGCAGGGCUGGCGUCUUUCUUCACCUUUUCUUACUGUGUUAUUACCUCCCUCACCCUUGCAUUUAAGUAUUUGGUGAUUUUUGUGUGCAUAGAAUUAUGACCUAUUGAGGUCCCUUUCUACCUUCAGCUUUGGGUAUGUGUCAGUACAGACUUAAUUCCCCCCAUCAUGGCCUGUACCCCGUUUGUUUAUGUUUUGCAGGUGUGAGAGGAUUGCUGUUCUGUUACGAUCAUGGUGCAAAAAUACCAAUCGCCGGUGCGGGUCUAUAAACACCCCUUUGAAUUAAUCAUGGCUGCCUAUGAAAGGAGGUUUCCUACAUGUCCUUUGAUUCCAAUGUUCGUGGACAGUGACACUGUGAAUGAAUUCAAGAGUGAAGAUGGAGCUGUCCAUGUCAUUGAACGGCGCUGCAAACUGGACAUAGACGCUCCCAGGCUGUUGAAAAAGAUUGCAGGGGUUGAUUAUGUUUAUUUUGUCCAGAAAAACUCCCUGAACUCUCGGGAACGUACUUUGCACAUCGAGGCCCACAAUGAAACGUUUUCUAAUCGGGUCAUCAUCAACGAGCACUGCUGCUAUAGCGUUCACCCUGAAAAUGAAGACUGGACCUGUUUUGAACAGUCUGCGAGUUUAGAUAUUAAAUCUUUCUUUGGUUUUGAAAGUACAGUGGAAAAAAUUGCAAUGAAGCAGUACACCAGCAACAUUAAAAAAGGGAAAGAAAUCAUUGAAUACUACCUUCAUCAGUUAGAAGAGGAAGGCAUCACGUUUGUGCCCCGCUGGACGCCGCCUUCCCUUGCGCCCUCCUCAGAGGCAGCUUCCUCCUGCAAGAAACGGGCGGUGGCCACAGCUGUUGUCAUCCCCGACACUGCCCUGACGGAAGGGCCGAGCAGCGAGGCCCUCAGUAAUGCUGGCGGGGCCCCCGAACCAUUGGUGGGAACCCCUGACGAUAAAUUAGAUGCAGACUACAUCAAGAGAUACCUGGGCGACUUGACCCCCCUGCAGGAGAGCUGCCUCAUCAGACUUCGCCAGUGGCUCCAGGAGACCCACAAGGGCAAGAUCCCCAAAGAUGAGCACAUUCUUCGGUUCCUACGCGCUCGGGACUUCAACAUCGACAAAGCCAGGGAAAUAAUGUGCCAGUCCUUAACCUGGCGGAAGCAGCACCAGGUCGACUACAUUCUGGACACCUGGAACCCUCCGCAGGUCCUUCAGGAUUACUACGCGGGCGGUUGGCACCACCACGACAAAGACGGGCGGCCCCUCUACGUGCUCCGGCUGGGGCAGAUGGACACCAAAGGCUUGGUGCGUGCCCUCGGCGAGGAGGCCCUGCUGAGAUACGUUCUCUCCAUAAACGAAGAAGGACUAAGACGGUGUGAAGAAAAUACGAAGGUCUUUGGUCGACCUAUUAGCUCGUGGACCUGCCUGGUGGACCUGGAAGGACUGAACAUGCGCCACCUGUGGAGACCCGGCGUCAAAGCCCUGCUGCGCAUCAUCGAGGUGGUGGAGGCCAACUACCCCGAGACGCUGGGCCGCCUCCUCAUCCUGCGCGCCCCCCGCGUGUUCCCCGUGCUCUGGACGCUGGUUAGUCCAUUCAUUGACGACAACACCAGAAGGAAGUUCCUUAUUUAUGCAGGAAAUGACUACCAGGGUCCUGGCGGCCUGCUGGACUACAUAGACAAAGAGAUCAUUCCAGAUUUCCUGAGCGGAGAGUGCAUGUGUGAAGUGCCAGAGGGCGGGCUGGUCCCCAAGUCUCUGUACCGGACUGCGGAGGAGCUGGAAAACGAAGACCUGAAGCUCUGGACCGAAACCAUCUACCAGUCCGCGAGUGUCUUCAAAGGCGCUCCGCAUGAGAUUCUCAUCCAGAUUGUGGACGCCUCUUCAGUGAUCACCUGGGACUUUGACGUGUGCAAAGGGGACAUAGUCUUCAACAUCUAUCACUCCAAGAGGUCGCCGCAGCCCCCCAAGAAGGACUCCCUGGGCACCCACGGCCUCACCUCCCCCGGAGGGAACAACGUGCAGCUGAUAGACAAGGUCUGGCAGCCGGGCCGCGACUACAGCAUGGUGGAAUCGCCGCUCAUCUGUAAAGAAGGAGAGAGCGUGCAGGGCUCUCACGUAACGCGGUGGCCGGGCUUCUACAUCCUGCAGUGGAGAUUCCACAGUAUGCCCGCUUGUGCCGCCACCAACCUGCCGCGGGUGGACGACGUGCUGGCCUCCCUGCAGGUGCCCUCGCACAAGUGCAAAGUGAUGUACUACACAGAAGUGCUCGGCUCUGAGGACUUCAGGGGCUCCAUGACCAGCCUGGAGUCCAGCCACAGCGGGUUCUCACAGCUGAGCGCUGCCACCACCUCCUCCAUCCAGUCCCACUCCAGCUCCACGGUUUCCAGGUAGUGCAGCAAGGGGAUGGCGCUCCGCGGGACGCCGGCUCCACCUGCCCGGGUGACCGCAGACGCCGCUCACCCUCUAGAUAGCAAAACUAGUCUCCAGAUGGUAAACUAGUCGUUGUGGUCCCGGAGCUAUCUCCACAGGUAGUUUUACUCUCCCCUGACGCUAACUCGAUAGCCAUAGAUUUUGUUCACUCCGUGUGCAGAAUCAGAGCAGAGCACAAGGGCUCGCCUGGGAGAACAGUAGUUCAUGUUCCACUUAAGAGACUGACUUCUGUCUCACGUUGAUGCAAAAAAAAUUUUCCAGGAAACUCCACCCAACGGUUUGAUUGUACAUUAGUGAACGGGUUUUUGUAACAUCCUCAGAGACGAGGCCAGCUCCUUGUGGGGAGCAGAAAGCUGCACCCGUGUCCCAUGAACCGCCUCCAGCCCUCGCCCCGCUGUUGUCAAGAUGUGUGUCGAUUGAGCGACAGCCCUCAGGGCCCUGUCCCUCUGAGCAGACGCUGUAACUCCGCAGGACUCAGAAGCAGCCGCUGGGGGCGCCACCCUCCUCCGGCCGACCCACCCGCCGUCCUGAAGCGGCGCUGGUGGGCCCGGGGGACCUUAGGGGCACCCCAGGACUCCAAGGAAAACGCCACCAUCCUUAGCCGCUGCUGUCUCUCCAAAUGUUUAUGACGCUUUUCAGAGCAGGGUUUCUCUGCCCGUGAACGAGCGUGGGGGAUUCUUGCCCUCUCUGCUCCUGGUGUGCUGCUCUUCCUGCCCUCGGGAUGCCUGUUCUGAACUCACCUGUGUUCAUCUCCCGGUGUCUCCGGGAGCUUCAUGUCACCACAGCCCAGGUGGUCCUUCUAGAAGAGCAGUCAGAAAGCCAGGUCCGUGUUCCUUGUAGCCAGCCAGCUUUCUCACGGCUACCAGUCAAGGCAGUGUGAGCCUUGUAGGAGUUCUGCUGCUUUGUACGCGGACUGGGGCGUGUGCGCGCGUGCGGCCACGGGGUGCCGGUAGGGGGCAGGGGGUUAUAGAAAUUCUGUUCGAGGAACAAAGGAUUCUUCAUGGAAGCAAAUCAGACUGUGGGAUGAGUUUGCCCUUUGUGUUUCCUUUUGUUCCCGAUUCCAAAGGCGGCGGUCUCGUUAGGCCCAUACCGCAGCUUGUUACGGAACAGUCGGCUCCCGCAGCGACACAGGGCUGGUCUGUACGGCAGAGAUGCGCGGUGUGUGGCAGAGGUGGUGCUUUUAAAGAUGAGCCAAACCAGCACGGCCCCCUCCAUGAUAGGCAGGUGCCCCCAGGCUGGCUGUCUUAGGACCACUCUGAUUCGGUGGCCGGGUGGCCUGUGAUGGAGUGUGUGUGCCCCACGGGGCGGUGUCAGAAGGCCAGGGCAGACGUGGGGCAGGCGGCCCCGGAGCCCCAGCCCCUCAGCGUCGACUGCGCUCUGUAGAGGCCUGCCUCCUGCCUCUCUAACCACUGCCUCCUGGGCUGGAGCUCUGCGUUUCGAGGUCGAGCUCAUGUCGGCGCCUGACGCCUGUUCCAGAAGGCAUGGCAGGGUGACUGAAUGCAUCUGUGCUGUGUCCAGAUGGCUUCCUGUUUCCAGACUACAAGGGCCUGAAGAUGGUCCCUUCUCUCUCUCUCUCUCUCUCUCUCUCUCUCUGUGUGUGUCUCAGAUGGCGAUUUUGCUGACAGCUGCAAAGAAAACGCUUCGCCUGACAGUCCACAUCUGCCCAGAGAUGUUGGUAGAGCUCUGAAUUGCUGCCACUUCCCCCAGCCCCAGUCUGGAGAUCUGGUUUUUUUAAGUUGAUUGAAAAGUGGCGCUGUUUUAUCCCCAAAGAGUGUAAUGAGCCUUUCAGAGCUGAAAGCACAUCCCGGCACAGACGCUGACAGGGUUUCCUGCUGAGUGAAACCCCUCAUGCUCUCUGUGAAGGGGCUGGGGCCACCUGAGUGGUUCUCCAGUUCGCACUGUCUGUCCUUGCCGUACCUGCCACUCUGACUCGCUGCUGUCCCUUCUCCGGGCACUAACAAGUCUUUUGGUUUCCCCCACUCUGUUACUAAUGUCUGCAUUCUCUUUCCUCCCUAAGCUCAUUAUUUGCAUAUCGAACUCUGUAAAUGUUUUAUAAACUUAUUACCUCACUCUUGGUAAUACGAUACUGAUAGUCUUUAAAAGAUUUUUUUAUUGUUAUCCGUAAUAAAUGUGAACUGUUUAAAGAAAAA